GUGACUGACAGCCCGCAUGUUAGGGUUCGUUUCGGGUUCGUCUUGGCCUCUACCAAAACUUCAACGUCGAUCCUCGACGUCGUCUCAUCCCCCUCUUGCUCGCUGCCUCCGCCUUCCAGGAGCUGCAAGAUGGCCUCCUCAUCGAGAUUGUCCUAUCCUGGCUUUCCGCAUGACCGAGUCCCGAGCUGGCUCGCCGAGGACUUCGACGACGUGCUCAAGCCUCCGUCUUAUCUCAUAGCGUCUCUGCAACAGGCAUUCGACGACUAUGCUUUUCAUCAUGAUCCCCCAACAUACGAGCAUUCCGUCGGGACCGCGACGGCAAGCACGAGCGCCGGGACGAGUUCACCAUCGAUGCGGCGAGUUUCACUCAUGGGGGAAAGCAUUUGGGAAGAGGACGACGACGAGGACGAUAUUGACGAGAGUUCGGCUGAUGCCGAUGAUGAAGAUGAUGGCACAGAGUAUGGCAACGGCAGCAGCGCGGGCAGUGAGGAGAGACAUUCAGGGCGGGGGACAGCCAAGGCGAACUCAGACAGCCAGUCCACAUUGUAUCGCAUGCCAUUGCAGGACUUCCCCCCGAUUCCCUCUACCUCCACGUCGAUACCGACGCCACCGCAAGACGAUGACAACCGGAGUUAUCGGUUACGGCCCCUGCCGCCCGUCCCGCACAUUCCCCCACCCGCAUAUCACCUCCUGCACCUGCAGCACCUAAUGAGCAAGGCCAAUGCCGAUCCAUACCGGGAGCUUGCGCAAAUCCUGUCUGCACUCGACCCGGAACUGCUCCUGAAACCGUUUGCGGCGUUCGCGGAGGUAUGCUACGAAGACGCCGUGCGAGGCGACGACGCGCCUCCCGUCUCACGCCCCUUCUCACCGCCGCCUGUACCAUCAAUGUCUCGCUCUUUGUCUCUGACUGACGAGAGUGAAGACGACGACGAAUACCUGUUGCAGUCUCCGACACAGCUAUCGGCAAACCCUCUGAGUCUUGCCGACACCACAAGCCCGCCACUCGUUUAUGAGCCGAGAAUAGAGGAUCGUGUGCGGAGUACAGCCGAGUUUCAGCCGCUUCGCAUUCCACGGAGCAUGUCAUCACCAGCACUAUCGCGAGAGGAGCUGGUGUCGUCCGCUGGGCGGGGAGGGAAGCAGUAUGUCCGUGCGGCUCCAGAUCCUAUGGCCGAAGUCGCCUCGCUCUUCUUGCUCACACCAAACCCCGCCAAAGCGCUAAACUCCGUGAACGGCUUCCCCACACGGCCACGUCCGCCGCCGCAGCGCGCAGGCAUGAACUUUGGGAACAUGCGCGGCAUGCUCCUGCGCUCGCUCAACAUCAGCUGAAGCCUUAUCACUGUAGUAAUGUUUCGCAUAUACUCUCCCUCCUUGCAUUUACGAUUGUGUAUCUCUUCAUUGCCUCAUUUUGUCAUUCUAGGCAAACGCAUUCCCUGUCGUGUGUACACCGCCCAUCUCAUCCAUUCGUAUAUCUUUAAUCUCAUGGCCCAUGCUACGUUCUCCCCGCACACGCCUUUCGCCCGCCUGUGGCGGAGCCUCUUAAUGUGUUUUGAAGGGAUACGCUAGAUCUUUCUCGCUGACAAACCGCCUACUAUUUGGAUGCUCAUAACGGUAUUGCUACUCCUCUUGGCGUACAUUUACUUCCGCCUUACAGCUUCUCAACAUAAUAGCAGCUUCGAUAGGUAUACGGAUAUCUAUUAAUAAAUUUAAAC